CGAAAAGUUGGAGGAUUCCUCGUCUCCGGCGGCGAUGGCAAAUUUAUAAAAAUCCCAAAGUCGGUCCAUUAUAGUCCGAGUUUCACUUCCUGUUCAGGUUACAACUGCACACCUUAUGCUUCUCAACUCGCGAUUCGGCAGUGUUGCAGAGCUAGGGCUUCUUCGGCAGGCACAAAUUCGAUCUAUCGGCAGGAAAUUGGCUCGGUACGCUUCGGAAUCCAAUGGCUUGUGUGUAUAUUCCGGUGCAGAACUCGGAGGAGGAGGUCAGGGUAGUGCUCGAUCAGCUGCCGAGAGACGCUUCGGACAUCCUCGACAUCCUCAAGGCCGAACAAGCGCCCCUCGAUCUAUGGCUCAUUAUCGCGAGGGAGUAUUUUAAACAAGGGAAAAUUGAGCAAUUCCGCCAAAUUCUGGAAGAAGGGUCUAGUCCUGAAAUUGAUGAAUAUUAUGCUGAUGUGAGAUAUGAGAGGAUUGCAAUACUGAAUGCUUUAGGAGCCUAUUAUAGCCACCUCGGGAAAAUUGAGACAAAACAAAGAGAAAAGGAAGAGCAUUUUAUUAAUGCAACAAAAUUCUACAACAAAGCAUCGAGAAUUGACAUGCAUGAGCCUUCUACUUGGGUUGGGAAAGGUCAGCUUUUACUGGCUAAGGGUGAGGUGGAACAGGCUUUUUCUACAUUCAAGAUUGUAUUGGAUGGUGAUCGUGAGAAUGUCCCAGCUCUUCUUGGUCAGGCAUGUGUUCAGUUUAGCCGUGGGCGAUAUUCUGAUUCCUUGGAGUUGUACAAGAGGGCCUUGCAAGUGUAUCCAGAGUGUCCUGGAGCUGUAAGACUUGGCAUAGCUCAAUGUCGGUACAAAAUGGGUCAAUUUGAGAAGGCAAAGCAAGCAUUUCGGCGGGUUUUGCAGGCAAACCCAGAAAAUGUUGAGGCUCUUGUGGCACUUGGCAUUUUAGAUUUGCAAACAAAUGAAGCUGCUGGUAUUAGGAAUGGAAUGGAAAAAAUGCAACGAGCUUUUGAGAUAUACCCCUACUGUGCAAUGUCACUGAAUUAUCUGGCAAAUCACUUUUUCUUCACUGGUCAACAUUUUCUAGUUGAGCAACUGACUGAAACUGCUCUUGCUGUCUCUAAUCAUGGGCCAACAAAGUCACAUUCUUACUACAAUUUGGCACGAUCUUACCAUAGCAAGGGGGACUAUGAAAAAGCUGGACUUUACUACAUGGCAGCUGUAAAGGAAAGCAAUAAGCCUCAGGAUUUUGUAUUGCCUUAUUAUGGGUUGGGACAGGUGCAACUGAAGUUGGGAGACUUAAAGAGUUCUCUUUCAAACUUUGAAAAGGUGUUGGAGGUUUACCCUGAGAACUGUGAGACAUUGAAAGCGCUGGGACACAUUUUUGUUCAGCUUGGGCAAACUGAGAAGGCCCAAGAGUUUCUCAAAAAAGCUGCUAAAAUUGAUCCACGUGAUGCCCAGGCAUUUCUGGAUCUUGGAGAAUUGCUAAUUUCAACAGAUGCAGGAGCAGCUUUAGAGGCCUUCAGAACAGCACGUGGUCUUUUGGAAAAGGGACAUGAAGAAGUGCCAAUAGAGUUGCUCAACAAUAUUGGAGUUCUACAUUUUGAAAGGGGAGAGUUUGAGCUGGCUGAAAGAACUUUCAUGGAUGCUCUGGGUGAUGGCAUAUGGCGCAUGUUAAUUGGUGGCAAAGCACAACCCUAUCCUAUUGAUGCCAAUGCAUCCAUUGUUCAGUACAAGGAUAUGCAAUUUUUUCACCGUCUUGAAGGAGAUGGUUCUAGCGUUGAAGUGCCUUGGAACAAAAUCUCAAUACUAUUUAACCUGGCUAGACUAUUUGAGCAGUUACAUAACUUUGAAGGGGCAAGCAUUUUAUACCGUUUGAUCUUGUUUAAGUAUCCAGAUUAUAUGGAUGCAUAUUUGAGACUUGCUGCCAUUGCAAAAGCUCGAAAUAACAUUCAGAUGAGCAUUGAGCUGAUUGCCGAUGCUCUGAAGGUGGAUGACAAGUGCCCAAAUGCACUGUUGAUGCUUGGCGACUUGGAGCUGAAAAAUGAUGACUGGGUCAAGGCAAAAGAUACCUUCAAAGCUGCAAAGGAUGCAAGUGAAGGACAAGAUUCUUAUGCUACUCUUUGUCUGGGAAACUGGAACUACUUUGCAGCACUUAGAUCAGAGAAAAGAGCUCCUAAGUUGGAAGCCACUCAUCUAGAAAAGUCUAAAGAGCUCUACACAAAGGUUCUGACCGAUCGCAAUUCUAAUUUAUAUGCUGCCAAUGGUGCUGGAGUUGUCACAGCAGAAAAAGGUCAAUUUGAUGUUUCAAAAGAACUUUUUUCACAGGUCCAAGAAGCUGCAAGUGGAAGUGUUUUUGUUCAGAUGCCUGAUGUGUGGAUAAAUUUGGCUCAUGUGCAUUUUGCUCAAGGCAGCUUCCCAUCGGCUGUGAAAAUGUAUCAGAAUUGUUUGCGGAAGUUUUACUAUGGCACAGACAGUCAAGUUCUUCUCUAUCUAGCCCGUACUUAUUAUGAAGCUGAACAGUGGCAAGAUUGCAAAAAGACUUUAUUAAGAGCCAUUCACUUGGCACCUUCAAAUUACACACUGAAGUUUGAUGCAGGUGUUGCAAUGCAAAAGUUUUCUGCAUCAACGCUACAAAAGCCAAAGAGGACUGUGGAUGAGGUGCGGGCAACUGUAGCUGAGCUUAAGAAUGCAGUUCGAAUGUUUGGUCAGUUGUCUGUUGCGUCAAAUCUUCAUUUUCAUGGGUUUGAUGAGAAGAAAAUUGAUACCCAUGUCAGUUAUUGUAAGCACUUGCUUGAGGCUGCAAAAGUUCACUGUGAGGCAGCUGAGCGUGAAGAGGAGCAGAAUCGGCAGCGUAUAGAACUUGCACGCCAGGUUACACUGGCUGAGGAAGCCCGUCGGAAAGCCGAAGAACAAAGGAAAUAUCAGAUGGAGAAAAGGAAACAAGAAGAUGAACUAAAGAAAGUGAUGCAACAAGAGGAACAUUUAGAGCGUAUAAAGGAACAAUGGAAGAGUAGCACUCCUGCCACCAAGCGGAAGGAUAGGUCUCAGUUUGAAGACGAAGAAGGUGGGCACAGUGAGAAGAGGAGGAAAAAGGGGGGAAAGAGAAGAAAGAAGGACAAAGGCUCAAAGUCACGUUAUGAGACCGAUGAAGUAGAAGCUGAUGUUAUGGAUGACCAGGAAGAAAUGGAGGACGAGGAUGCAAACAUGAGCUACAGGGAGCCCUCUAAUCAGAUUAAUCAUCAAGGAGAUCAAGGGGAAGAAGCUCAGGAUCUACUUGCUGCAGCGGGGCUUGAAGAUUCGGAUGCUGAGGAUGAUAUGGUUCCACCAUCAAAUUCAAAUCGGCGUAGGCGCGCAUGGUCAGAAUCAGAGGACGAUGAGCCACAACAGAGGCAACCACAAUCCAGCCCUAACGGGGAUAACUCUGCUGAGAUGCAGCUAAGUGAUGGGGAAGUCGGGGGGGAAGAUGGCAGCCUAAAUGCUGACGAGGAUGACUGAGUAAAAAUGCUCAAAAAAAGUCACUGUGCUAGGGGUAACACUGAUCAGCAGUUUUUUUGUCCAAUCCAAUGUAAUGUGAAUUUUUUUUUGUAAUUUUAAAAAAAGGAACAACAUUCUUAAUUUUAAGGCACCUUGCUUCAAA